UCGCCUACUAGGCUAUCUUCCAUUCAUCAAAAUCCCUCUCGCCCAACGCUUCUUUCUUCUCUUUCGAUUCUCUCUCUCUAAACUCCUCCUCUUUAGAGAGAGAUAAAUCGCUUCCAUCAAUACCAAUAUUGCCAAUGAAAAUCUUCUGAGAAAAUCCUACUCCAAUUUUCUUUCAAUCCAAACGGAAAAGCCUUCCCAAAUGUCACUUGCGGUGUUCCAAACGGCUCAAAUCAUGCCCAUGAACUCUCACGCCGCCACAAAGGCUUUGCCGCCGAAUCCUUCGUUGCCCAGUUCGAAAUUCGGUUCACUCCAGCAGGUUACAAAGCCCGCCGCCUUCAAGCUCAGGCGGCGAUUUUCGGUGGUCAUAGCCUCAGCUACCUCUGAUGUGGAGAAUGGUUCGGCGGCUUUAUUGGAACGGUGCUUCAGCUUGCCGGAUGCUCCCGGCACUUCUGAUUCUUCGCUGCCUUCAUCCUCUUCAAUGAAUUUGGGUCCCGUUAUGAAGGGAAAAUAUAGUUCACUUGGUGCUGUGACAUUAGAAAAAUCCAAACUUGAUUUGUCGCAAAAGCAAACCAAGUCUAGCCCUCAGCUUGAUGUUGGGGGAGGAGGGGGAGAUAUUGGAAAGAAAAUCAAUCAUGGUGGUGGUGAUGGGGGAGACGAUGAUGGCGAUGAUGAUGAUUACUUUGAUGACUUUGAUGAUGGUGAUGAGGGAGAUGAGGGUGGCUUGUUUAGGAGACGUAUACUCCUUGAAGAGCUAUUUGACCGUAAAUUUGUGGAUGCUGUGUUAAAUGAAUGGCAAAGAACAAUGAUGGAUUUGCCUGCUGGGUUACGUCAAGCUUAUGAAAUGGGUUUGGUUAGCUCGGCUCAGAUGGUAAAAUUCCUAGCAAUUAAUGCCAGGCCAACUGUAAGCAGGUUUAUUUCCCGAGGAGUACCACAAGGAAUAUCAAGGGCUUUUAUUGGCAGGUUGCUUGCAGAUCCUGCAUUUAUGUAUAGGCUUCUAUUAGAAGAGGCUACUACGAUUGGUUUCUCAGUGUGGUGGGAGUUUAAAAACCGGAAGGAUAGGAUAAAGCAGGAAUGGGAUCUUGCACUUGUCAAUGUGCUCACUGUGGCAGCAUGCAAUGCUGUAGUUGUUUGGUCACUUGCUCCUUGUCGAUCAUAUGGAAACACAUUUCGGUUUGAUUUGCAAAAUACCUUGCAGAAGCUUCCAAACAACAUAUUCGAAAAGAGCUAUCCACUUAGAGAAUUUGACUUGCAAAAGAGAAUCCAAUGUUUCUUUUACAAGGCUGCAGAGUUGUGCAUGGUUGGAUUGAGUGCUGGUGCAGUACAAGGUGCAUUGUCAAACACUUUGGCUAGAAAAAAAGAGGGAAGGUUAUCUGUGACGGUUCCUAGUGUGAGCAGUAAUGCAUUUGGUUAUGGUGCUUUCCUUGGAAUCUAUGCUAACCUGAGAUACCAGCUAUUAUGUGGAUUUGAUAGAGCAAUGAUUAGCCAUUUUGAUGUUAUUGGAGUUGCAUUGUUCUUCAGCACAGCCUUGAGGGCAUUGAAUGUUCAAUUAGGAGAGGCCUCCAGGCGUGCCUGGCUUGGAGUUGAGGUAGAUCCCCUGGCUCAUUCGGACGACCUGUUGAAAGUUUAUAGGAGGUCUUCUGAGAAUGAAGAAAAGUCAUCUUCAAAAUGGUUUAUAUCAAAGAAUGCAGUUGUAUCUGGGCUAGGGCUACUGGGCAUCAAACAGGGCAGUCUAGACUCAACCACGGACUCAGUAUCUUCAGCUCCUAAGGUGCGGAGAAAAAGAAUUGUUCGGAAGAAGGUUGCUGCAGGAUCAGCUUAAUUUCUUCUGAUGUAAUCGUAGACACUGCUCAAAUUUUGUUUUUUGCUUUUUGCUUUUUUUUGUUUGGCUGUGGUAGAAUCUGCUAGAUUGUCCUUGGUGAUUUCUGGCUCCUCCACUGAACUCUGAAAGGGGUGACUUGGGGCCUUGAUAUUUUUCUCCACGUCAACUAAGUUUGAGGAGGAUUCUUUUUCUUCUACUUCUGUCCAAUUCUUGAUAUUGAUCUUGUUGCUUUGGUUGACUGAAUUUUUCUCAAGAUUUUUCAAUAAAAUAGAGUUAGGGCUUGUAAGAAGAAUUCUAUUGUAAGUUGUAUUGAGAUUGACUCCAUAAUGUUGGUAGCUUCUCAUCA